AUGGCUUCAGCGGCGGUAAUUCUCCCCCCGUCCGACGAGGAGGACCGCCUGGGGCACGUGCCCAACCCGAAUUCCGUUGCGAUUGCGGGUUGGGCGGAAGACAAGGGCAUGCGACAAGAGAUGGAGGACGGAUUUGUGUUUGUCGACGAUUUUAUGCAAGACAAAUGGGGCUUCUUCGCGAUCUACGACGGACACGGGGGCCAGGACGCGAUGCAAUACUGCGUGGACUACCUGCACCAAAAUCUCUUCCUCGAGUUGAACAAAUUGGAAUUUUGCAGUUCUGCGGCAUCACAAGGCUUUGAUGCAGCUGGCUUGAUACUCAGCAACAAUUCCGCCGAGGAAGCGGCCGGCCACGCCGGCGGCUCAUCUUCCUCCGCGUGUUCCGGCAGCAACAGCUCGUGCGAGGAGAAAGACGAUUUAUUUUGCGACCCAAAUAGCCGAGGGUUUUUGUGUUGCAGCCAGCGGGAGGUGGCGAACGCGUUGAUCUUCGCGUUUAAGACGACAGACAUCAACCUGAUCGAGCUGGGCGUGCAAGCGGGCGCCACGGCUUGUGCCUGUUUGCUACUGGACCAAAUUGUCCCAGAUGAAGAGGAUAUUGGCAACGGAAAUAUGAAUCGAACAACUGCACAGGCGAUACGAGAAGCGAGAUUGAGUCAGAAGCCAACGCGACACUUGUACACAGCGCACUUAGGGGAUGCAAGGGCCGUGUUGUGCCGAGCGGGCUUGGCGGCAAGGCUGACGAACAUGUCGGAUCAUAAGGUAGUACAAUUUUAUGCAUACAGCUGUGAGUUUGCUUGAGCUUGUUUAUGUUUUGUCUUUGUGCAUGAAUAAGAAUAUGAACUUGCCCAGUUCAUCGGUUACAUGUCGUAUCGUGAUGUGUUAGAUUAGAAGUUGUGUGCACUUUUACUUUUUCUUCUUCAAUUGAAACUAUCAGGCCAGCGACGAGGGCGAACGCGAGCGCGUGCACAAAAACGGUGGCACCAUCAUUUUCGACCGGGUGAACGGCAUGCUAGCGAUCGCGCGAGCGUUUGGUGAUUACCAGUUGAAAACGCCUUCGUUGCCCAGAGACGUGGUCAGCAACGAACCCGACGUCACCGCCACGGAACUGACAGAGGAAGACAUGUUUGUCAUACUCGCUUGCGACGGACUCUGGGACGUUUGCACGUAAUUCCUUGUGAUGUAAUCGAUAUCGCAAUAGUUCGUGUUGCAGCAUGCAUUGCAUGCUACUUUUCUCAUCUUGUGAAUACACUGUACCAUUGAGCAGGCCCCCUAGUUGAUGUUGGGAAGUUGUAGGAGAAGCAUGUUGACACAAAAAAAUAAAACUCGAAUUCCAGCGACCAAGAGGCAGUUAAUACCGUUCUGGAAACGCUGACCGAGCUGCAUUUUCUCGGCGUCACAAGUAAUCACCCAAGGAAAGCCGAAAUUUGCAGCCGAGUCCUGGUCGAAGCAGCGUUGGCGAGGAACAGCACGGACAAUAUCACCGUACAGGUGGUGUUUUUCUGAUAGACUAAGUACGAGUUUGUACCUCGCUGCUGGCGGGUUCUUGUGUGUUUGUGGCAAUAGGGAUCCCGCCCACUCGUACGUAAAAAUCGCUGUAGCCGCGUUGAAGCCGGUGCCGGCUUCGCAAAGAAAUGUUGCAUGGUCACUUUGUAGAUGAACAUAAUUGGCGCACACUUGCUGUCGUGAUAAUCAUACAU